AUGGAAGACUUGUUUGAAGAGUUCAACUUUAGUUGUGCUGUUGAGGAAAUAGGAACGACUGCCAGCCGUGAGGUUCUUGGAGUAGACGAUGAGGAGGAGGAAGAGACUCAGGAGCGCAGGUGUGCUCGAGGGCUGCAUGAAUUGAUAUUAGAAGAUGAUCGAGGAUGGUUUUGUAUCUAUUGUCAGCAUGUGACGAUUCAACCGAAGGAUGCGAUCAAAGCUCGUAAUGCUUCCGGAAAGAAGAAGCAGGAGAAAGGGAAGGGUCUGGAUCUUAGCGCCGUUAAUCUCCCAGAAGCUGAUGCAGCGGAUAUAAGAAGCUGGACUAGCGGCUCAGUGUGGAGCAUCAAGGCUGGUGUGCGGGAAAGUAUGUACGAACACCAGCAAGGGAACUUGGCAGGCAGUACCGAUAUUGCUGAUUUAAAGAACUCAAAUCUAGUUGGAGAGGGCGGAUGCAUCAUUUCUCAUGCCCCAGGGACAGGAAAGAAACGUCUCAUGAUCGUAUUCCUUGAGACAUAUCUAAAGAUAUAUCCAAACUAUCUUCCAAUGAUCAUCGCCCCGGCUGGAUUGCUUCAGAACUGCGAAGGGGAGUUCAGGAAGUGGAAUUCCGGGUUUAAUUUCCACAACCUGAACAAUCUGACAAUUAUCAGCGACGAGAUGGCGGCUGCUGAUCAUCUCCUUCAAGGAACGAGUAUCAGAUGCAGGGACAUGGAGGCAAUCCAGAUGGUAAAGAUAUAUUCAUGGAAGAGAGGGGGAGGCCUUUUGGGGAUUAGCUACAUUCUGUUUGAGAAGCUGACGGCGCAGAAAAACGUGGAAGCAGAUGCAGGCGAAGAGGGGCAGAGGUCGGGUGUUGAAAAGAACUUCGAAGUUCUGAGGUCGAUACUUCUUGAGAUGCCUGGACUGGUGAUUCUUGAUGAAGGCCAUACUCCACGCAACCGCCGGAGUAAAAUUUGGACUUCACUAGUUCAGCUCAAGACCGAAAAGCGUGUUAUAUUGUCUGGGACUCUUUUCCAGAACAACUUUAGAGGGCUGUUCAACUCAUUGAAGAUCGUAAGGCCUACAGUGGCAGAGGCAGCUAUGCAGGACCCGACAUUCACUGAGAUUCUUCAUUCAGAUAGGAAACGCCGGAGGUCUAGGCAUGCUUUACUUCCGGAAUCCAUCAACCGUGCAGUGGAGAGGCUUAAAGUCUCAAUGUCGCCAUUUGUGCAUGUGCACAAAGGCUCUAUCCUGCAAAAGAGUCGUCCCGGAUUAAGAGACUGUGUCGUCUUCUUGAAAUCGACUCGAUUGCAAAAGAAUCUGAUCGACUGGUUGGAAGGGGAACGACUAAGGAAAACAAUUAAGAGUUCAGAUUUUGGAUUUUCUUUGGUAUCUGUUCAUCCGUGCCUUAUCCAACGAUGCAAGUCGCAAGUGCCAACUGAUGGAAUUGAUAUGCAAGCAACCGAGGCAUCAAAGCUCAAUCCCAAAAAAGGAGUCAAAACAAAAUUCAUCAUCGAGUUUGUCCGCCUCAGUAUGACGCUGAAGGAAAAAGUACUCAUCUUCAGCCAGUACCUUCCGCCCUUGGACCUGAUCGAAGAGCAUCUGACCGCGACCUUCCAGUGGAAUGCCGGGAAGGAAAUUCAGAGGCUGGAAGUAAAGCUAGAGAAGAAGCAACGCCAGAAUGUGAUGAACGCAUUCAACGAUCCAGAAAAUGAUUCGAAGAUCAUGCUGGCGUCGACGAAGUGCUGCUCUGAGGGCAUUAGUCUGGUUGGGGCUUCCAGGGUCAUUCUGCUGGACGUUCUCUGGAAUCCUUCUGUCCAGCAGCAAGAAAUCUGUCGUAGGAUUGGGCAAAACAAGUUUGUCCAUACCUACCAUCUUAUGACUGCUGGCACGACUGAGGCGGACAAAUAUUGCCGGCAAGCUGAGAAAGAGCGGCUAUCCGAAUUAGUAUUUUACUCUUCUUCAAAUGAAAAAGAUAUCUCAAAGCAGCCGAUGCCGGAGAUUGAGGACAAGAUUCUUGAGGCGAUGGUCAAGCACGGAAUGACAAAAGACAUGUUUGAAAAGAUCAUCCACCAGCCAAAAACCACAGACUUGAUCCAAUCCUUAGGCCUCAGAGGUUGA